AUGUUGACCCUAGACACAGAUAAUUCAUGCAGAAUUUGUAUGACUGAAAUUACAAUGCUAAUAAGUAUCUAUUCUCAACACAAUGAUCGUCAAAUUAGUGAGAUAAUCAUGGAAAUUAGUGGCAUUAAAAUUGAGGAAACUGAUUUACUUUCUAAGAAAAUAUGUGAAGAUUGUAGGACGAAAGUAAUUGACUUUGGUGCAUUUAGACAGCUUUGUAUCGAUACGGAUGAUACUGUACGAUACAAUAUAUUAUUAGCUGAACAAACAGAAUCACUUGUUGAAGUUGAUGAUCAAGUAAUAGAAGAAAACAACAUUACAGAAUGUGAGGAAGAAUGUUAUAUAGAAGAGGAUAUUGAUAUUAGUCAAGAAGCACAUUCUGAGUAUAUGGAAGCGCUGGUUAAUAAUGAUGAAGAAUCAAUUGAUAAUAAAAUUACGGAAGCAAUUGUGUUAGAAGAAAGUUCGCAGGACAUAAAUAGUAAAGAAAAUGAGAUUGUUAUUGAAAGGAUCGACAGCAAGAGCAAUAUUCGAGCUAAUUUUGUAUUCGAAUCAUCUGAUGAACUUACUCAAAAAAUGAAGGAAGCUCACUAUGCUAAAGAGCAACUUAAAAAGCAUAAAUGCCCAUUUUGUACAAAAAGCUUCUUGUUUCCUUCAAAGGUAACACGACAUGUAGCAGCAGUCCAUAAAAAUCACAAUGAGCCAAAGAAGAACAUCAAGAAAAAUCAUUCAUGUCCAAUUUGUGGAAAGGCAUUUGUAAGUCAAUUUAAAGUAAGAAGACAUAUGGUUGUGCACGAUACAGAACUCAAAACAGGACUACAAAAGAACUGGUCACGAAACUACUUCCUUUGUGAAACUUGUAAUAGAAAAUUUCAUACACAAACAACUUUUGAUAGACAUAUUUUGAUCUGUGACUUGUUGCUGAAAUCAACAAUUGGACAUCCUGAAAAUUAUCAGUUUUCUUGUGUCAUUUGUUCAGAAUUAUUUUUAGAUCAUGAAGAGAUGGUUGAUCACAUGAAAAAUCUUCAUGAUCAACAUUCAGAUCACAGCUGUCAAAUUUGUGCAUUUACUGGAAGUUUACCUGAAAUUAUAAAGCAUGGACGAUAUCAUGAAGAAAAUGUCACUUACCGUUGCUGUAUUUGCGAGAAAAUAUUUCCGAAUGGCGAUGAGAUUAUUGUUCAUUUAUUAAGGCAUGCUGAGUAUAAACCGUUUGAAUGCAAUCAACCAGGAUGCAACAAAACAUUUUUCGAUAAAUAUAAAAUGAAGCAACAUAUCUUAACCCACGAUCCUAAUGCUAAAAAGAAUUACAUAUGUGAGUUUUGUCAGCGCUCGUUUGCUCAACUUGAUUACCUUAAUUGCCAUAUAAGAAGGAAGCAUAGUUCAGUAAAGCCAUAUUCCUGUUCUUAUUGUCCGAAACAAUUUGCAUUUCUUCAUGAUUUAAAUCUUCAUUCUGCGAAUCAUACUGGAAAUAAAAAGCAUAUCUGUCAAGUUUGUGAUACAUCAUUUACCAAAGCAUGGUCUUUAAAACAGCACAUGUCACUUCAUGAAGUCGGAGCGACUCCACAAAAAUGUAAAAAGUGUGAUUUUACAGCAAUGUCGAAAAGUAAUCUAAAGGAUCACUAUGUGACUCAUCUUGAAAUGGAAUCUCAAGUCAGCUACUUAUGUGGUGAAUGUAAUGUAGAAUGCAGAACUGAGGAUGCACUGAAAAAUCAUUUGGAAGAAGCCCACAGUCAAUUUUCAUUUAUUGACUCUAACAACUCAGACUACAGCUUAGAAAUUCCAUAA